AUGGAACUCUACAAGGCUGCUAUGGUGCUGGGGGGAGUUGGUGACGCGCUGGGCUACAGGAACUCCAGGUGGGAGAACUGUCCCUCAGGAGUGGCCAUCCUCUCUGAGUUGAAAGCUCUGGGUGGACUGGAAGGGAUUACAUUAUCAGAGGAUGAUUGGCCUGUCAGUGACGAUACAGUCAUGCACAUAGUGACAGCACAGGCACUUGUAUCAGAUUUCUGGUCCCUGGAAGACCUUUACCGUGAGAUGGUGAAGGUUUAUGUUGAGAUUGUUGAACAGAUCCACAAACGGCAGCCAGACCCCGCCACCAUCGAAGGCUGCACCCAGCUCAAGCCGGACAACUACCUCUUGGGCUGGCAUACGCCCUUCAAUGAGAAAGGCUCAGGAUUCGGUGCAGCCACAAAGGCCAUGUGUGUCGGCAUGCGGUACUGGCAGCCUGAGAAACUGGACAACCUUGUGCAAGUGAGCAUUGAAUGUGGCCGGAUGACUCAUAACCACCCCACAGGAUUCCUGGGAUCACUGUGCACGGCUCUGUUUGCAUCCUAUGCUGUCCAGCGUAAGCCGGUGGUGGAGUGGGGGCGGGAGAUGUUGAAGGUUCUCAGUGUGGCCGAGACUUACUGCAGGAAGACUAUUCGCCACAUGGCAGAGUAUCAAGAAAAUUGGUUUUAUUUUGAAACUAAAUGGCAGUCAUAUUUGGAAGAGAGAGGAAUUGCUCAGGAGGGGCAGAAUACACCGAGAUUUCCCAAGAUCUACGAUGCCGAGAAAAGAGAUCAGGUCUACAGGGAAUGGAGCUCUGAAGGUGUAGGUGGACGAAGAGGACACGAUGCGCCAAUGAUCGCCUAUGACGCCCUCCUCUCUGCCGGCAACAACUGGGCAGAGCUCUGUAACCAUGCCAUGUUCCAUGGAGGUCAGAGCGGAGCCACGGGCUCAAUUGCCGGCUGCCUCUACGGCCUGCUCUUCGGAAUGACGAACAUUCCCAAAGGACUGUACCAGAGCCUGGAGUUCAGGGAGAGGCUGGAGGAGCUUGGAGCUAAACUGCACAAAGCAGCAAAUGAGAAUGAAGCCCUCUGA